UCAAAGUCCGCUUGGCCACAACAACAGUACACAUUUUACAAAAGAUAUUCUCCACCUGCUUUGACUCAGUAUUACCAGUUUACUUCAAACAGUGAUUUUAAGGUAGAAGGGAGUUUAGACAACUAAAGCAAAAUAAAUAGACAAGCAAGUGGACUACAGCACUUACCAUGAUGGAAACAACAUCCUCUCUUUUAAAGUCAGUGUCUAGAAGGGUUUGGGCUCCUCCUCAGCGUCCAUUCAGAGUGUGUUCCUGGAACAGAGAGAUUAAAAAAGGUGUCACUGCAGGAACUUUAGAGGAGCUAAAAGAGAAGGCUGCCCAGGUUCUCUUGAUAUCUAAUGUGCUGACCUUGGUGUGUGAGGAGGAUGGGACAGAGGUUGACUCGGAUGAGUUUCUCACUGUCCUACCAGACAACACCGUUUUUAUGGGACUGAAACCUGGAGAGAUCUGGAAACCUCAUCCUUUACAUCAAAGGAGUGGUUAUAAACCAGCUGACGACAAGCCAAAGACAGGAAGAGACAUUGCUCAAGUCACCUUUGAUCUUUACCGUACAAGCCCCAAAGAUCUUUUUGGCUCACUGAAUGUGAAAGCCACAUAUCAAGGGGUCUACUCUGUCAGUGCCGAUUUCCAAUGCCUGGGACCAAAGAAAGUCUUGAGGGAGGCCCUUAAAAUGAUGUCAGCUCUCCUUCACGCUGCUGGUUACCUGCUGAUCUCAUCUGCUAAUGUGAUUCGCCGUCUCAUCCAGGGGGCGGAUUUUCUUGAUGCUCAGCAAGGCAAACCUGUCGCUCACACGGCGUACUGGAAAUAAACUAAGAGAUGUAACUGUAGAGACACAACACUGUAAAUGGAGAGAUGUUUAUCUUUGUGUAUAUUUUCUUAGACACUGAUUUGUUACCGUUCCAUUUGUAGAUUGUUUCUUUGCUAUGGAGAUAACUGUAUUUUAACCAGGAAAAUGCUUGUGUUUCUAUGAAAACAGACCUUUUAGAGUAAUUUUAAGUUUUCUUUUAUUAUUUCAGGAUUACUCAAUGUAUGCAGAAAUAGAUUCUUUGGUUUUUACCUUUUUUGGUAGUAAGUAGGUAGUAAGUCCGCUCUACUAUCACAUAUAGUGAAAUGUUUAUUAUUUUAUGUGCUAGACUACUGUAUGAUAAUGUAAAUAAACUGAUGUGUUCAUGACAACGAAUGGGUAAAACAGUAAUAUAUCAAAUUUAAUAUUGGAAUGUUUUAAAAUCUAUUUAUUAAAACCAAAUUUGUACAAAGAGCUCGGGCACAGAUAAGGACAGUCUCUAUAGUCAAUUCACUCAAUGCAUAGACUAAAAUAAACUGUCAUUUAGUACUACAAGGUUUUAUUGAUCAUUUAUUUAAAAAACACAUUGGGUCGGUUUCCUGGACAGGGUUUAAGUUUAGUCCCAGACUAAAAUGCAUGUUUGAGUUGUCUUAACUGAAAACAGCGUCCACUUACAUAUAUUUAAAUAUAUCAGUGUCAUUGUUUUGUCUCGGUAUGCACACCCGUAAUGUUUUUAUGUAAGGUAUUUUUGUAAAAACUACUUUAAUCCAGGACUAUUAGGACAUUUAUCUUAACCCUGCCUGGGAAACCACCCCAUUAUGUUUGGGAAAAAUAAUUAAGUAAAGAAAUGAGUAUGUUAUAUCAGCACGCUGUUUUCAUCCAAGAAUCCUUGUUUUAUAGAACACUUUCCAUCUAAAAACUGUAGUUCUGCUUCAAACCUUAAAUACAAUUGACCUUUGUAAAAGCAAACAUCUACAAGCUCGAAGUGCAAAUUAAACGUUAAAAAAAACAUGAAA